AUGACUUUCGCAGCAUCUGAUGUCUCCCGUACCCGCUCAACAGCUCCAACCUUUUCAAACGAACGUGGCCCAGGAGCUUUCGUAUCAUUAGGUUCCCUUCCAAAACGAAAGCAUCAUCCUCCCACUUACAACAACACUCGCAAGUCGGCCGCUUUCCAUAUUCAUGGCGCCGACAACCCUGAUGACUACUCAUCCGAUUCCCUCGACGAGCACACCAUUAUUCGCUCUCGUAACGACACACCCUCAGUGAAAAUUUCACAGGGCGCUCCCCAGUCACCUCAGGCUGUUCCCUUUCCCCGCCAUUCCCCCUCUCCCCCACCUUCUUCACCCCCAAUCACAUCUCCUUGUCCACAAACGUCUCGUGCAUCAUCAAUAAUUCUUUCCAAUGGCAAGCCACUCAAGUCAUCACUUAAAUCAUCAACCUCCACCCUCUCCAUCCCUCAAAUCGAACCCCAGCGCACUAAUAACCAUCUCCACUUGCGUUCCCGCUCUGCACCAUCCACUCCAACGGCCCAUGCUCCAAAAAAUGUUCAUUUCCCCGAUACGGACAUUGGCCUGGCUUCAAUUCGCAUUUUUAGCCGCUCAGCCUGUCCAACAGCGAGACCGAAGCCGAUGAUCAGCCAUCAACCAGGAUUCCCCUUCCCAAAAAUCCCCUCUGCGUCCCCAAAUUUCGAGAUGGACACCGCUUCCUCAUCGGUGGUCCCAGUUACUAAUCACCCUCCUCAUGCGAAUAUCUUAAUCGAGUCUCUCACUUUCUCGCACGCUUCAUCAAAAGGCGUAAACCCCUAUUUAAGUGGUACCCUUCUAGUGCGCAAUCUGGCGUACGAGAAGCACGUCGCUGUGAGGUUUACCCUCGACGACUGGCAAACCGUCAGCGAAGUGAGAGCCCAACAUGUUGUUUCCGUGUCGUCGCUUCCGCCCUUAUUUUCACUGUCUUCCUCGUCGAAAACAACUGUCGGCGAUCUCGUUGCUCUAGGCGCAGACAAGUGCGGAUGGGAUCGAUUUUCUUUCCUUAUUCGCUUGGAGGACUAUGCACACAGCUUGGGGUCACGAGUGUUGUGGCUUGCCGCACGCUAUAGGGUCGAUUCGACUCAACUUUCGCCGACGGGCGUUCCAGGUUCUGGUGGUGAAUGGUGGGAUAACAACAAUGGCGGAAACUACCGUGUUGCUUUUCGUACUGCGCGACCAACAUCAGGUAGGAUUCGGAGAGAGACAGCACCUGAUCCUAUUAUAACCUCGAUGGUGACACAACCCGCGCCCCGCGAAUAUGCUCCCAGUCUAUGUGCUUCACCAUUGAGUUCAAAUACGUCUCCAACAUUCGGACACAAGAUGACAUUCUCUUCUUUCUCGCCAACAACAGACGGGAAGGAGAAAGUUUCAUUUCUGCCGAGGUCAGGGAAGCUCCGUCUCCCUAACUAUGCUGCACCUCCUGUGGUCUCCACAGUUUCUCCCACUUCCUCUGUGACUUCUAUGAAGCGUUCUAAUUCUCCACCCUCAACCACCUCUCCAGCCCAACGCCCGAUGCUCCAAGUACCUGUCUUGCAAUCACGUGACUGUGACUCCCCUUCACCUGCCUCGUCGACGCUCUCGACGCCCUCCGCUUCACCCAACAUAGCCCCGCGCGUCAUGAUUGCUGGGCAUCCAGCAAAUUACGCAAGCCCACACGUUGAUGAUUGGGAGUGGAUGGCGCCGCCGACACAAGCUGUGAUGUCAAAGCGGUCAACCACGCAAAAACUUGGAAAUGACACAGAUGGGCCAGCUGAUCCUACCGGAUCUGCUUUGACUCCUCGAGCACAUUUGUCUGCAGCACUUGGAUCGCCCGGUAGCAAUGGCCUGUCUAGCGAUUCGCUAUACAACGCGUUUGUGACGCGGUGGUGCUUUGCCCAAGAGUCGCCCACUGCGGGUGCAUAUCACGGGCCACUCACAAGCAACGACGGGGGCAUUUUGGCGUGA